AGGUGUUUAUCCACUGGCUAAGAUUAAUCCAUUCCACUCGCCAGUGCCCUUUGUCAGCCUCUUCCCUCUGCCCCCAGAUCACCCUAAACCUUGGAGAACAGCCUAUAAAUAACCAGGCUAUUUGCAAAUCUUCAAGCAUCUCCCUGAGCAGUAACACUGGAAGAACCAACGAUGCAGGUCCUAAACAGACCCUACCCCCAAAACUGCCUGCUCACCGUUAUGGACAGGUAUUCAGCUACUGUGAGGAACAUGGAGCAGGUGAUCAUGAUCCCCAGCCUCCUGAGGGAUGUGACCCUGGAAGACCCGGGCCAUGAGACCCCCGCAGGUGAGGCAGGUAUCCAUGACCUCUACAGCUACUACACUAUGCUCAAAUCCAUCCGAGUAGAUGUGGACAACGGGCUGCUACCCAGGGACAAGUGGAACGCCAAGCUCGCCAGCUCAGAUGAGGAGGAGGACGAGGAGGAGGAUGCAGAAGAAGGGAAGAGAGGGGAGAAGCUGGAUCUCGAGGCUCAGUUUCAUCUUCAUUUCUCCAGUCUCCAUCACAUCCUCACCCAUUUGACCCUGAAGGCCAAUGAAGUGAUAAAGAAAUACCAAGAAAUAACUGGGCUGACAAUAUAGACCCUGGUGUCCGGCUCUCUCUUAGAAUACUCCACAACUCAUUCGACCGGAUACAGCAGCCCCAAGCAUGAACAAUGAAGGCUCGUGGGUACUGUAACAUUUUGUGCCAAGAAUUUGCUGGGGCUGCAGAUGGAGAAAAGACAACUUUGUUUCUUCCCUGGCUACCCAUCUGGGACAUUCUCCACUGACUUAUCUGCCAGGAACCAGCUCCUUGCCAACACCUUUGAAAACCAUGCAAUCCUCACUCCCCUGGGCAAAUUAGUGGGGGUUGGUGGAUGGUUUGCAGAAGAUAGAAAGAGACCAUCUCAUCUUCAUUUUGUCUGAAGCUGCUUUCUUCCCCAUCUUACCCAUGUUCUGCAACUUUUGCCUCUCCUCUAUUUCCUAAUGGUGGCUGCUCUGAGUUAAAAAUGGCAAGAUUCCUAUAAAGUAAAGAGUUAGGAAGGCCCACCAGCUCCCCCUUCCAGAACCACUGAUCUUCUGUAUUAAGGGAGUUAUAAGCUCCUUCUUACCUCUGUGUCUAAGAUCCUCCAGUAGUGCAACGUGUCUGGGUAGAUUUGGGGCAAUGUUAUACUUUUCUUGGCUUGAAUCUUCCUUUACAAAUUUGGGGACAUACUAUCUGCUAGACAAAACAUUUCCUUCCUCUGAGGAGAUGGACUAAAAAUAUGGAAUGUUGCCUACAGUAAGCCAUAAUUGAUAUGUUUGUGUUGCUGGGGCUUUUUUUGUGGGGGGAGGGUGGUUAGUGGGAAGGAUGAGGAGUUGGGGGAAGGGAGAAAAUGUUACAAAGGGGAUUCUGUUAGGUGAGAUUACUAGAAAGUGACAGUGAAGCAAAAAACUCCAAAAAGUUAAAAACAAAUACAAACUUUUUAAAAAUCAAAAAAGAUGUGUCUGUUUUUUUAAAUUCCAUUUUAUUUUCAGUUCCAAAUUAUCUCCCUCUCCCUCCCCCAUUUCCCAUCUAUGGAGAAGACAAGAAAAACAAAAUCCAUUACAAAUAUAUACAUAUGGGGCAGCUAGGUGAUGCAAUGUAUAGAGCACCAGCCUUGAAGUCAGGAGGACCUGAGUUCAAAUUUGACCUCAGACACUUAAUAAGUCCUAGUUGUGUGACCCUGGGCAAGUUACUUAACCCCAAUUGCUUCAGCAAAACCAAACAAAAACCAAAUAUAUACAUAUCUGUCAUGUGAAAGAAAUCCCUGCAUAAGCCAUGUCCAAAAAAAGAAAAAAAAGAAAAGAAAAUACAUUUUAAUCUGCACUCUGAGUUCACUAGCUCUAUAUCUGGAAAUGCACAGCAUGUUUCAUCAUGCAUCCUCUGGAUUUGUGGUUGGUCGCUAUAUUGAUCAGUUACUAAGUCUUCAAACUUCAUUACCUUUAUAACAUUGUUGUUAUUGUAUAAACUAUUAUUCUGGUUCUGCUUACUUCAUUCUACAUCAGUUCACACAAAUCUUGCCAUGUUUUCUGAAACUAUCCCAUUCAUUAUUUUUUAUGGCACAAGAGUAUUCCUUCAUAUUCAUCCCAUAACUUGUUCAGCCAUUUUCCAAUUGAUGGGCAUCCAUUCAUUUUUGUACAUAUGUACCUUGUCCUCAUUCUUUGAUCUCUCUAGGGCGUUAGCACCCAUAAGAAUAUCACUGUGCAGAAGAAUGUAUACAGUUUAAUAGCUUUUGGAGCAUUGUUGAUAUGGUUUGUAGUUUAAAAAAAAAUCUAUCUGCUGGAUAUCUUGAGAGAAUGGCACAAAUUUUCUACUUGAAAACAUACUCCAUAAUCAUCCAUCAAAAAAAAAUUUAUUAAAAGGAAAGAAGCAAUAAGUAAUCCCCACAUCUGAUAAGUCCCCAUAUUCAGUGCCCCUCCCCCCAAGGUACAUUAGUGUUUAGUAUAAUAAAACACUGUAAGAGAGAACAAAGGGGAUAGGAGCAGAGAAAUGAGGAAAGAUUUGUAUGAGUUGAUACUGAAUGAGAUGGAAAGAAUAGAAAAAUAAUUUAUAAAAUAACAGCAAUAUCGCAGGAUAAAUAACUUGGACUUAGGAGUGCAGUCAACACAAUGCUCUAACACAAUUCCAAAGGACUCAAGAUGAAACAUGAAAAUUACCUCUUUUUAGAGAGAUGAUAAACUCAGAGAACAAAUUGAGGCAUAUUUUGAAGGGAUAUAUCCAAUGGCUAUUUUUUGCUUGACUAUAUACAUUUAUAAUAGGGAUUUUAUUUUCCUUGUUUUCUCAAUGGGGGAAGGAUAAAUGGGAGAGAUAGAAUGUAGAUCUGCAAAUAAAAUUCAUUAAAAAAGG